AUGAAACUCUUAACAGCCGUUUUUCUCCUUUUUUGUGCCAUCCUGUGUGACCAUGCGUUCGGAAAUAAUAUAAACCACUCAGGUCCUCACCAUCCCAAGAAGAAAACCCCCAAGAGCAAAGCCCCAGAGCCACUCAUUGACGUGCACGAGUUGAUAGGCGAAAUGGUUAGAAAAGAAGAGGAACUCAUAAACGUAACGAAGAAGAAAUCCAAAUAUAAAUUGGCAACAACAGUUCUUGCUUCAGCCCUAGGUCUUGUAUCAGCAGUUCUCUUAGGAGGUGCCGGAUUAGUCUUUUAUAAUGCCGGAAACGGAAGACACCCAUUCUCCCUUGGAGGUGGAAAGGGCGGAGAAGCUGCUCCCGCGGAAUCAGCUCCAACUGUAGAUGAACCAGCAACAAAAUAA